CUACAAAAAGAAGAUCAAUCCAUGGCGUUAGCUGGUGCUGCCGCCUUUCUUCCCAAAAAUCCACCCACAGUUUCCAAAUCCCGAUCCUCCGGCAGCAACCGACGGCGGAGGCAUACACUUUCCCCGCGAAAUUCAUCCACCGGACUUAGCGAUGGCCGUCGCUCCACCUCCAAGCAACCUUCACCUGGUAACGCAGUAAUACUGUCACUCAUUCACAGGUCACUUUCCAUUAUGGUUCGCGAACAGAGAUGAUUACACAUCGCAAUGUUACUUACAGACUAGUGAAAAUAUGCCAUGUUUGAUUCUGCUAAGACUGCGCAUUGAAAUCUGAUUUGUAAUCGAGCCAUUGAGGAAUUUAUAAAGAAUUGGAUCAGAUUUGUUAGUCAAUUGAAUUACUGUGGUUGACAAAUAGGGACCCAAUUAUGAAUCCCUCCCCAUAAUUAUGAUUUAGAUUAUAUAUCCCUUUUCUUAAUGUGGGUUGCAGAAUUAUGAUGUGCAGGCAUGGAAGAAGCAGAUGUUGUAGUUAUUGGGAGUGGUAUAGGUGGCUUAUGUUGUGCAGGGCUUCUUGCUAGAUACCAACAUGAUGUUUUGGUACUUGAAAGCCACAAUAUACCCGGGGGUGCUGCUCAUUCGUUUGAUAUUAAAGGAUUUAAAUUUGAUUCCGGGCCUUCUUUAUUCUCUGGCUUUCGUUCAAGGGGCCCCCAGGCCAAUCCUUUGACACAAGUACUUGAUGCUUUGGGUGAAUCAGUUCCUUGUGCAAAUUAUGAUUCAUGGAUGAUGCACAUUCCUGAAGGUGAUUUUUUGUCUCACAUUGGGCCAACAGAGUUCUUUAAGGAUCUAGAAAAUUAUGCAGGUCCUGAUUCCGUGAGAGAAUGGAAAAAACUUCUCGAUGCAGUUCUUCCAAUGUCAGCUUUGGCUAUGGCUAUCCCUCCUCUGGCUAUCAGAGGUGACUUGGGCAUUCUUUCCACUGCUGGUGCUAGAUAUGCACCUUCUCUUUUGAAAUCUUUUGCUCAGAUGGGACCUCGUGGGGCCCUUGGUGCUACAAAGCUUCUUGGACCCUUCUCGGAAAUUAUCGAUUCGUUAGGGUUAAAAGAUCCUUUUAUAAAGAACUGGCUUGAUCUUCUCUCUUUCUUGCUUGCUGGAGUAAAAACUAAUGGCAUACUCUCUGCAGAGAUGGUUUAUAUGUUGUCAGAAUGGUACAAGCCAGGUUGCACACUAGAGUAUCCUCUACAGGGAAGCGGAGCUAUAGUUGACGCCCUUGUACGAGGAUUACUGAAGUUUGGUGGGCGGAUUUCUCUUAAAAGCCAUGUAGAAAAUAUUGUUGUUGAAAAUGGUCGAGCCACAGGAGUGAAACUAAGAAGUGGCCAGUUUGUCAGUGCUAAAAAAGCUGUUGUCAGCAAUGCAUCUAUGUGGGACACUCUAAACUUAUUACCACAGGAUGUCGUUCCAAAAAUGGAUCCGGACCGGAUAAAAAACACUCCACAAUGUGAAUCAUUUAUGCAUCUGCAUCUAGGCUUCGAUGCAGAGGGAAUGCGUGACGACCUGGGGAUCCAUCACAUAGUUGUAAAUGACUGGGAGAGAGGAGUUGACGUGGAUCAAAAUGUGGUUCUGAUAUCAAUACCGAGUGCGCUUAGUGCUGAUCUUGCUCCACCGGGGAAACACGUCUUGCAUGCCUAUACACCUGGAACCGAGCCUUAUGAAAUUUGGGAAGGACUUGAUCACAACAGCAAUGAAUACAAAAACCUCAAGGCUGAACGAUCCAAGGUAAUGUGGAAAGCUGUGGAGAGAGUGCUCGGCCCAGGUUUCAGUCGUGACAAAUGUGAUGUAAAGUUGGUUGGAACCCCACUAACACACGAAAGAUUUCUGAGGAGGAACAGAGGAACUUAUGGGCCUGCCAUAUUGGCUGGUGGUAAAGACUCCGCAUUCUUUGGGCAUUCAACACCAAUCCGAAAGCUUUACUGCUGUGGAGACUCCACCUUCCCAGGCAUUGGAGUCCCUGCAGUUGCUGCUAGUGGUGCAAUUGUUGCUAAUUCACUGGUUUCUCUGUCUCAGCACACCCAACUCCUUGACGCCUUGGAGAUAUGACAACAGACCUUUGUAAGUGACUUCAUUAUGAGGAAGGUUUUGUUUGGGAGCAACGUUUUCAAUUAGCAUUAACAUUUUAGAUCAUAUUUUAAUUGUGCAAAUUAAGUUUCUCGUGUUUUUACUCACCCAAGUUUUUACAUCCUACUUUUCUAACCUUUUUUUUACAAACUCACAUUUUCUCUACCCAUACCCACUCCACUUAAAUUUAAGGGCAAUAUGUGAAGUUCAAACCAUAACAUUAUCUUGCUUAAAACACUGUGAUUUGUGAAGUGAAACCAUGAGUAUUAUUUCAGAAAGGAGUUCAAUUUUUGGCAACAUUUUAGGACAGAACAUAAAUUUUAGGUUUUAUUUUUAACUGUAGGAUGAAAAGGGUUGUGCACUUGUGGGCCGUGGCAGGACCAUUGUCAGUGGGGACUGAUCUGCAAGAACUGUGGUACUUAGCCUAUAAUAGACACAAGUUUUAAUGCAGAUUAGAUUGGACUUGCCGUCCUAUUAUCUUGUUCUGAGUCCUAGCCCGGGGCCAUACCUAUAUCGCCCACUUGUUGGCCCAAAUUGACUAAGGGCCUCUUUGGUUGAGUUCUUACUUGCAAUGACUUUUUGAGAACUUUUGAACAUCGGAGUCCUUCCCAUGCCAUUGGAAUUUCAUGUCAUGGGAUGACCCAAGACUGCUAUGGUGUCUCGUUCGUAAAAUGGAUGGUUCCUACUCCUCACUAACCCCCGGUAAACCCCCCACCUCGCCCCAACCUGAACGCACCCCCACUCCCUUCAAUUGCACCCC